GCACUUGACGCGUAAAAACUUGGCACAAAACGCACGAGUACACCUACUCUUUCUCUCUCUACCUCUCUCUCUGUGUUUCUCUCUGUCCUUUCUUUCUCCUGUCUCUCUCUCUGUGUGUUUCUGUCUGUCCUUUCUUUCUUUCUUUCUUUCUUUCUUUCUUUCUUUCUCUCUGUCUGUUCUGUUCUCUCUGUUCCUUCUGUUCACUACGCGUAAUUUGUGAAACUGCACAAAACUCCCACGUAUGCCAACUCUCUCUCUCUCCCUCUCUGCUCUCUGUCUCUCUCUCUUCCUCCUCUCUCUCUUUCUGUCUCUCGUGUUCUCUCUCUCUCUUUCUGUCUGUCGUGUUCUCUCUCUCUCUUUCUGUCUGUCGUGUUCUCUCUCUUCUUUUCUCUGUUCAUUACGUUAUUUGCGUAAUUUGGCACAAAACGCGCGCGCCUCCUCUCCUUUUCUCUGUGUGUGUUCAUUCUGUCCUCUUCUCUCUCGCUCUGUCCUCCCCCUCUUCUCUCUCUCUCUCUCUCUGUUCAUUCUCUCCUCUCUCUCUCUGUCGUUUCCUCUUCAGUGUUGGAGCAGGACUCGCGCUCUCCAGACGCGCGGAUGGUUUAAUGUGACUGAAGUCCACGUCUCCAAACAUGCAGCAGUUUGUGGGAGUUUGACCUGAGUUUAACGAUGGAGCGAGAGGGAUCGUUCAGGAGGACUCUUCAAAAUAAGCUGCGUCUGGGCAGUGGCUCGUCCUCCAGCCUCACGGACCUGUCCCAGUCCAAAGGCUCCGGCUCAGGGGACAAACCCGGGACUCUGGGGGGUCCGCCCGACGAGUCCCGGGACAAGGGGACGCAGCAGCGGCGAGCGGGGGCCAACGCCACGUGGAACAGUAUCCACAACGCCGUGAUCUCCGUGUUCCAGAAGAAGGAGAUGGGGGAAAACGAGCUGUACACUCUGAACGAAGGAGUGAGACAGCUGCUGAAGACGGAGCUGGGCUCGUUCUUCACUGAAUAUCUCCAGAACCAACUGCUCACUAAAGGCAUGGUGAUCCUCAGGGACAAGAUACGAUUCUAUGAAGGUCAGAAGCUGCUGGACUCUUUGGCCGACACUUGGGACUUUUUCUUCGGUGACGUCCUGUCGAUGCUUCAGGCCAUUUUCUAUCCCGUUCAGGGUAAAGAGCCGUCGGUUCGGCAGCUGGCUCUGCUCCACUUCAGAAACAUCAUCGCUCUAAACCUCAAACUGGAUGAAGCUUUGUCCAAACCACGAGCCCGAGUCCCACCCUCCAUCAUCCAGAUGCUGCUAAUACUACAGGGCGUCCAUGAGUCCAGAGGAGCCACAGACGAUUAUCUGCGUCUGGAGAGACUCAUCCAGAAGGUGGUGUCUCCAUAUCUGGGCACGCACGGCCUGUUCUCCACAGACAGGACCGGCUCACACUGCUCCUCCUGUCUGCUAGAAAAGCGUCUGCAGCCGUCCUGGUCCAAACCCGGUAACUCCCCCGUGGCCAAGAACCCGGUCGUCCGCUCCAAAAGCUACAACGUCCCGAUGCUAACGCCGCUGGUGGAGUCCGACCCCGACCCCUCUGGAGCGCUGGCCGCGGGCGUCCGGAGACACUCUGUGUCGGAGAUGACCCUGUGCGUGGAGGAGAGCGAGUCCGCGACUAACGCUAACAACGGCGGCAACGACAGUCGGACCGGCUCCCCGAGACGAGCCAGCCAAUCACAGGCCUCCACCGGGUCGUCCAUAACAAACAGUACACACUCAGACCACUCCCCUUUAGACCCGACGUCCAGUCCUCAGUCCAGUGGAGCCGCAGACCCCUCCCCCAGCCUCCUGCCCGACCCGUCCCCAACCGAGGACGCUCACGGGGCGGGCUCCCUCCUCUCCUCCACCCCCUCCUCCUCCUCCAGAGCCUUGGUGCAGGACACGAGCUCUGGCCCGAGUCCCACGUCCAGCCCUGACCUGAUGAUGGCCCACACUCCUGACCUGAUGAUGGCCCACACUCCUGACCUGAUGAUGGCCCACACUCCUGACCUGAUGAUGGCCCACACUCCUGACCUGAUGAUGGCCCACACUCCUGACCUGAUGAUGGCCCACACUCCUGACCUGAUGAUGGCCCACACUCCUGACCUGAUGAUGGACGACCUGAUGGACAGUCUGGACUCCGAGACUGAACCGGACGGGAUUUUUCUGAACUUUAGGAGAUACUCAGGAAGUUCCACACACAGCGGCGACGGCAACAGGCAAAGUGUGGCAUGAAGACGCAGAAAUAACGCACACGACACGCACUUUUUAUGGUCACAUAUUAUCAAAACGUUCAAAAAAUAAACAAAAUCCUUAAGCAGCCAUGUUUGUUUUGACACGGACGUUUCUGAUUGGCUAACGCGCCCGUCGAUCACGCCCCUGUGAACUCUGGGAGACGGACCGGACUCACAUCUGCGUUAGAGAGUUGAAAAAGUGAGUCGUCGAUGGAAACACAGCCGUCCCGGGGCGUAUUGACGUUGACGCGGCUGCUUUUUUGUGCCAACGGCGUUUCCGAUCACAACCCGCUCCCUGGAAAAAGUACAUUUCUCCACUCGUUUUUCCCAAAGACUUUCCAAAAAAAGUAAAAAAACUCAGGGAUAAUCCGCUCUGUGGCACUUAAUCUGUGAAACUGCAUCAACUGCUACGAAAACGGUUCAUUGUUGUCGUGUUUUAAAUGUGUUUUUGGAUUUAAAACCGUCACAUUGUGGUAUUAGCAUUAGCACGUAGCUCGUUAGCCUUUGAACUCUUGAUUUUUCUAAAAGUCUACGGGGAAAAUGAGUGUGAAUUUUGACUUUAUCGAGCUUCAAAGUGGGCGGGACUCUUGAGACGGUGUUAAAUCCACGCACGUUUUGAGUAAAGAUGGAAUUCGACUAAAAAAAAGAACAUUUUGCAUAAUAUGUGACCUCCUUUGCACAAACUACUUUGAGCCCGACACUCCACACACUCGUGUUUUAAAUCGACUUGUUUCUCGUUUAAAUAAUAUUUUUCUAAUCGACAAAAACAAUCAAAUCUAAUCUGAAAUGUUGAACUAUUUCAGUCCAGUGUUUUUCUAUUUGUCUGAUUAAAUGUGGGGAUAAAAAUCAUGGGAUAUUUUCUCAAGUGAAAAAAUAAAGAUGUUUUGUAUCUGC